AUGCUUGCCACGGAUUUCGAUGCUGAGCUUCGCGACGCUCUCGAGUCCAUGCCUCGUGAGACGGUCAUAUCUCAAGGUCAGCAUCUCUACACCGUCAUUGCCACUUACAUGGAGACUCUUCGUCUCGCCCUGCGCGUAGAACAGUGGCCGGUGAGGCCACAGGUCCCACACCCGGCUAUCCGUCUGAGUGCGCGUCCGUCGCAUCUCUCCGAGGCCCAACAAGCGCGUCUCGACGGCAUCCUCCGGGAGGCAAAGGAAUACCAUGCGUCGCUUUUGCGUCGCCAUGGCAUCUCUGCCGGUGAUUUGAUACUCCCUUUGAGAGGUCUUGGAGGAGCGGAUCCCGUUGUCGGUUCUGGGAUUUCAUUGCUCGGUCGCAUCAUGGGGAAGGUCGGGGUGGAGGCGUGGGUCAUUGUCGCGGAUUUGGAAGGUCCCGUUGGGCAGGCUGCUUCUCCCUCGACGUGCCCCAUAAUUCCUCCCCUGAUCCGCUGGUUAAAACGAUCUCCCGUCUGGCCUAAUGAAUUGGCGGAGAUGAUUCUACGGGGACUACAUGAUUUCUUUCGGGAUCAUCUCGGCCAUUUCCACCCAGACACCGUCUCUCUCCAACGGACCCUGGUGCAAGGGAUGAUGGAUAGAGGGCGAUUCGCGGAGGCGGCGGCCGGUUUUCGCACGCUUGCCGACGUGUUCGAGGCGAUCAUCGGCGAAGGGUGUCACGAAGUCUGCGCCGCGUUGUGUUCCAGCUCGCUGGCAUUGCUGCAGUGUGACCUCCUUCCAGAAUCCUGGCGGGAAGUCAGCAACGCCAUCGGCCGAUGGAGGGUGUUGGCGCCCGUCGACGCUCAUCUCAUCGCCAUCCGAUGUCUUGAUGUCUUCCGAGAGCUGUCCCAGAAGUUAGGACGAUACGAGGAAGCCCGCAGAACUCUCAAGCUCGUCACCUCCACCAUCGACGGAAUCAAGAAAUCGCCCCAGUUGCCCAAGAGUCGUCGUGCCAACACCUGA